CCUAGCCGCUUCUGCCUGCCCUCGAGACGCCGAGCCGCCCUCUCCUCAUCCCGACGUCCCCUUCCCAGGCUCCGCGGUGGUGCCACCUGGAAGCCCGCGCCUGGGAUCGCCGCUGCUUGCGAGCAUCCCGCGAUCACGCCCCUUCGCGAGCCAGGGGCCCUUCCCUGCGAUAAAGCCACCAAUCCUUCGAACCGCCAGGAGGACUGGGAAUACAUAAUUGGCUUCUGUGAUCAGAUCAACAAAGAGCUUGAAGGGCCCCAGAUUGCUGUUCGACUGCUGGCCCAUAAGAUCCAGUCUCCACAGGAAUGGGAGGCAGUGCAGGCCCUGACGGUGUUGGAAGCAUGUAUGAAGAACUGUGGGAGGAGAUUUCAUAAUGAAGUGGGCAAGUUCCGGUUUUUGAAUGAGUUAAUCAAAGUUGUCUCUCCAAAGUACCUGGGAGACAGGGUGUCCGAGAAGGUGAAGAUCAAGGUCAUCGAGCUGCUUUAUAGCUGGACGGUGGCCCUGCCAGAGGAAGCAAAGAUAAAAGAUGCCUACCACAUGUUGAAGAGACAGGGCAUAGUGCAGUCUGACCCUCCGAUCCCCAUGGACAGAACACUGAUACCCUCUCCACCACCUCGUCCCAAAAAUCCCGUUUUUGAUGAUGAGGAGAAGUCCAAGCUUUUAGCCAAGCUGCUGAAAAGCAAAAACCCAGAUGACCUUCAGGAGGCAAACAAGCUCAUCAAGUCAAUGGUGAAGGAAGAUGAAGCACGCAUCCAGAAGGUGACCAAGCGCCUGCACACAUUGGAGGAGGUUAAUAACAAUGUAAAGCUGCUCCAUGAGAUGCUGCUUCACUACAACCAAGAGCACUCAUCAGAGGCAGACAGAGAGCUCAUGAAGGAGCUGUAUGAUCGGUGUGAGAACAAGAGACGGACAUUAUUUAAACUAGCCAGCGAGACAGAAGACAAUGACAAUAGUUUGGGGGACAUCCUGCAGGCCAGUGACAACCUCUCCCGGAUCAUCAACUCUUACAAAGCAAUUAUUGAAGGGCAAGUCAUCAACGGUGAGGUGACCACCUCAACCAUGCCUGACUCUGAAGGAAACCACCAGUCCAGUAGCCACGGCACUCUCAUCGACCUUGCUGAGUUGGACACACCCAACAGUUCACCCCCAGUGUUGGCCCCAACACCCACCCCACCCUCCUCAGGCAUCCCUAUCCUCCCUCCACCCCCCCAGACCUCGGGACCUUCACGGAGCCGUUCGUCUAGCCAGGCUGAGGCUCCUCCUGGGCCCAACAACACAAGCAAUGCCUUCUCCUUGCUGGAUGAGGAGCUGCUCUGCUUGGGCCUCAAUGACCCAGCUCCCCCUGCUCCUCCAAAAGACUCAGCUGGAAGUAGCCAGUGGCACCUUUUCCAGAGUGAACAGUCAGACCUGGAUUUCUUCUUCCCCACACCGGGGCCUGCUGCCUGCUCCCCCUCAGCCCCCACCUCAAGUUCCUCCCAAGCUCCACUACUACCUUCCUUCCCAGCUCCCACAGGCCCAGCCAGUGCCCCUGCCCCUAGCACCAGCACCUUCAUGUUCUCUUCUGGAUUUGCCCCAGCUAUGGUCCCAAAGGCUGAACCUGCAGCCCCCGAGUACCAUGGUUCAGGGCUGGGUGAUACCACUCUGCACCACCUGGAUGCCCUUGAUCAGCUUCUGGAAGAGGCCAAAGUGACCUCAGGCUUGGUGAAACCUGUCUCCUCUUGCUUUUCCCCUGGGGCUGCCGCCUCCCCCUGCCUCCCCACUUCUGCCCCAGCCAGGCCUCUCCUGCCCUUCUCCGCUGGGCCUGGCAGCCCUCUCUUCCAGCCACCAGCCUUCCAGUCCCAAGGCAGCCCUGUGAAGGGGCCCGAGCUCUCCCUGGCCAGUGUCCAUGUGCCCCUGGAAUCCAUCAAGCCUAGCAGUGCCCUUCCUGUAACAGCCUAUGAUAAAAAUGGCUUCCGCAUCCUUUUCCACUUUGCCAAGGAGUGUCCACCAGGGCGGCCGGAUGUGCUGGUGGUGGUGGUGUCCAUGCUGAAUACGGCUCCCUUGCCAGUCAAGAGUAUUGUGUUGCAGGCUGCAGUGCCCAAGUCAAUGAAAGUGAAGUUGCAGCCACCCUCUGGAACAGCACUGUCCCCAUUUAGUCCUGCCCAGCCACCUGCAGCCAUUACCCAGGUCAUGCUGCUGGCCAACCCAAUGAAGGAGAAGGUACGGCUUCGGUAUAGGCUGACCUUCGCCCUGGGGGAGCAGCUGAGCACAGAGCUGGGCGAGGUGGACCAGUUCCCUCCUGUGGAGCAGUGGGGGAGCCUGUGACCCCAGAGGAUGCUGUGAUCUCCACUUGAAGGCAGGCAGUCCGCCCCGAGAUGGAAAGGGCUCCAGUUCAGUCAUUUUCUACAUCCUGACGGCAGUGCUUCUAGCUUUGAUGUGGACUAGGGGCCCAAAGUAUUUCUGCUGGGAGCCAAGCUGCUACUGGGAAAAUCUCACCUCCUUGGCUCCCUCACCCCCAAAAGGAACUGUUUCUAUUUACCUGUGUGACUUGAAGUGGCCAUGUACUUAUUGUCAGGUGGGGAGUGGUCCCUGACUUUACUGGCUGCCCUGGGUUUUCCCUCAUUUUAGUGGCAUUCUCUGAUGCUGUUAGGUCCCCUCAAGAACCAGGACCUUACACCCCAAAAAGACAUGGCUUGAGAGGGCACAGCCUCUGUUGCUUGCCUGUGCUUCCCUGCUGUCUGGCUGUGCUGCCACCUCUAGUGAGGUGGCCCAGAGUGAGGUGUUGGUGUACUGCCUAAUCUCCUCCCUGUCUUCUGUGGGCAGCUACAUCCUGGAAUGGCUACUGAAGGAGUAGUGUGCUUGCCCUUGGCAAUGGCAGGCUGUGUCCUAUGGACAUUUCAGCAGGACAUGGAACUCAGCCUAGCAGAACCAGAACUUGGCCUCAUGACAGAGCCUAAACUGGGCACAGGAAGGAAAAUGGAAGAGAGCCAGUGUUUUCCCUUCAGAAGCAGGCACUGGAGCUUUGUGGGAAAAGCUUAUCUCCUGUCAUGGGGACAGGCCACCUUACACACUACCUCUUGCUGAGCAUGACAUAAACUGCUACCCUUAGUCUCUGAAAGGGAGGACAACUCUCGCCACCCUCUGUGUCCUCCUGCUUUGGCCACCUCCGCUUUUCACUACAUGGUGUGUGAUGUGGCACCUUUGGUUGGACCCUGGAAGCCUCAAGGUCAAGCACAUUGCACUAGUGGAUGGACAUCCUUUCUCCUGCACUGAAACCCCACUAGCUAUGUACAGAGGGGCACUGUCAGCGAGAUGUUGGGUCUGGAGGUAUUGAGAUAAGGGGCCAUGCUGGAACCAAGUCUCCAGACCCUAUUGCUUCAACAGUGCUCUGCCCCAGCUAGCGUGAACCAGCUGCACCGGGCCAUGGAUGCUAAGCCUCAAGGCACUAGGAAAAAACUGCCAGCUGCCACAGAAGUUGCAGAAGGUCAAACAGCUCAGCUGAUGGCUCAGCUCUGUUGCCUCUGGAGAAAGGAAGGUGGCACAAACCAUAAUCCCUGGCCCCUACCCCUUGCCAGCUCCUUGCUUUAUAUCCAGAGGUCCUUUCACCCUCUUCCCAUCUUUAGCAAGCAGGCUUCAUUGCUUCAUUAGGACAGGUCAAAGUGAAAUCAUUUUCACUACUUAAGGAAUAAAUCCAAGUACUUUCCAGACACCAGCUACUUCAGCCCUGGAAUGUCUGUGGGAUUAGUGUGUGGAAACACACCUUUAUAAGCUUUAGACAUUAAAAUUAUGAGGAGUAUUCCUAUUAUUGAGGUCACUGCUUCAUGGCAAACAGCCGUACUGGAUGUAUCAAAUCCUUUGCCCUUGUUUUGCUGCAUGUUAAAUAAAACCAUUUUACCCUACUUGGAAUCCUAGUAUGGACAGUGUUCACCCUUACAGGAAGUUACCAUGUGUGAAUUCCAAGCACAGGUAGAUGGAGAGGCUACAUUGGAAUAUGUUAAAAGUAGAGAUUUCUGAAUCCUUGUGGAAAAGUUAAGAUGGGGUGUUGUAAAUGAUGUGACCUGAGGCAAGACCUAAGGAGCUGAAGUAGACCACCACGUGCUCUUGCUGAAGUUUCCAGUUGCAGGCAAGAUACUGCAUUUACCUGUUUCUAAUUCAGGGGGUGCUUCCCCACUAAGGAGACAAGGGAAGAUGGUUCUGUGUAUCAAAGGGGACAUAAGCCAGGCAUAGUAGCAGGCAGUAUAAACUCAGCUACCCAGAAG